AUGAUAGCGGAGAUCGCUUCGGUUGCGUUCGCGGCCUUCGGGCUGGAUAGCGUCACCGCGUUCAAUUUUGUCAUGUGCCGAUGGCAUGACGGCGACGACGAUACGACCGCCGCCGAUAGCUUUAAUGAAAGUAAUGGAGGUUUAUUAGCGAUACGUCGGCGACUCUUCUCGCGUACACGGCUCGUCCGCACCAAUAGAUGGGAAAUCAAUGCAAAACGUGCCAUGAGAACAAAGAGAGCCACAUUUGCUAAUUACCUACGGUUUUGCUCGUGUCGUGCUCACAGACGCCGGGUCGUGAGCUCUCGAGAUAUGACGAUAACACAUUCAUAA